CAUUUAUUUGUUGGCCCAAAAAUGAGAUGCGCAGUGAUUAAUUGCCAAUAUGCCACAAUGGCCCCAACUAAAAAGGAACAAAUAUGUUUCUUCAAGUUUCCGAGGAACGCAGAUUUAGCCAAACGUUGGCUAUUAUUUAGCGGCAAUAGAGAUGCCCUGAAAGUGAAGAAUGCCAGUAUUUGCAUGAAGCAUUUCAAAGACGAGGAUAUCUUGGGGGCUAGAAAGUUCGAAUUGGGAAUUGCCAAGAAGAGGACAUUGCGGCAAGGCGCAGAGCCGUGCAUAAACCCAGGAAACGAAACGCAAAUCCGAAAGACACUAUUGGCUGAGCUUUUGGCGGAUGCCGAGGAAACGGACAUGGCCCCGGAGAACACUGAAUCCACUCCCAGCUAUGACCGAUAUAAUACUGGAAAUGCUACGGAACCGGACGUUGUCAGUCCGCCGCCCAUUGAGGAUACUGCCUACCUUCAGACAAUAUCACAUGAAGAUUGCCCCGAAGCUGAUGCUGAUGAAGUGGAAGCUGAUGAAAACCAAGAGAGCCACCAGUUCAAUAAGUGUCGUACCUGCUAUCGGGAUUACGACUUCGAUUCGAAUGCCGAAGAUCCUUUCGACAAGGCCAACAGCGUUAUGCUGUUUCGUAUCGAAGUAAUCUGUGGAGUCUGGCUCAGCAAUAUUGAAGGCGGACCACGUUUCAUGUGCCCGGAUUGUCAGUUGUCCCUAAAGAAUGCAAUCGAUUUCCGUGAGAUGGUCAUAAGUACGGAGGUGAUGCUAACACAGGGGAGGCCCGUGUGUGAUAACCCAGAAGACCAAAUAGAGUUAGACUCAAUAGAGACAGAUCAAAGAACAUCAGUACCCGAGUGGCCAAAUGAUUCCGUAUCAGAUAAAAUGGCAGAAGACGACGAGGACGACGGCGACGAAGAUACUCGGUAUGAAGACAUCUAUGAUGCAUCACCUAGCCCUGUCCGUAGCCAUUGCUCUAAUAAGAUGGAUCAUAUGGAAAUAAUAGAGACCGCUGAGGAAAAUAUCAACCCUACCAGAACAGAAGUCAGCGUUGGCCGUGGGGCCAAAUUUUACGACGAACUGCUAAACGAAGUCUUAGGUCAAGAUAAAGUCAAGCCCGAAAUGUCAAAGCUGGAAAUAAAAGCAGGAAAACCAGCCAAGGAACAGCCCAAGCUAAGGAAAAUGAAGAUCCAAGAAAUACGCCAAGACUAUAACGACGAUGAUUCUAAAUUUGUGGUAUUUGAGAAGAAAAACAAAUCCAAGGCAAAGAAAUCAAAGAAAACCCACAAAGAGGUAGAGAAAAAAUACUAGGAUUGGUCAAGUAGAGACGGCCAAGAAAGUUGCCGCACCUAAACAUAAUUAUUAACCAUAAUUGUACUUUUCAAAUAGUUUUGAAUUAUGUGGUUUUAUUUUCGUUCAAUAAUGUUUUUAUGUAAAUUUCGAA